GUUGGUCACUCGAGACGUCUUUUUGGUCUCAAGUUGAGGCUUCAUUGAGCCAGCGAAGCCCCAACAAUCCCGACAUUGGAUCACUCAUCUCCCGAGAAAUAGAAAAAAAAAACUCGCGCAAAAACUGAGAAUACGAGUGGAAAAAAACGUGUGCAUAGUGAUCGAGUUUUUAUACCGCAUAAUUGUUCCGAGAAUCUCAUUAAUGAAGAUUUAAUUCACCAUUUAAAGUGAUUCUAUUUAUUUGGAGUAUAAUAGCGCUAUUAAUUUAUUUGUCAUUUAAUCGGGCGCUAGUUAUGGGGUAAAGCCAUCGAUGCCCGAUUAUCCAAUACCGUAAUUGUACGUGCGUGUGAAUAAAUGAAUUCAUGAAAGUGUCCUUGAACGAAUACGAUUAUGAUUCGAAUGAAGAAGUGACUUGUUGCGGGCACGUAAGUGUCUCAUUAAAGGUGAAAAAAAAAUAAAAUGUAUCAACGCAUCACUCGGAAUGGCCCAUUCGAAAUCCUCCUGAAUAAUGAGAAAAAUGCUUGAAUUAUUUCCGCUACAUUGAGGAUCAAUUGCAAUUUACAAUUCCAUAAUUGCGGAUGCAAUUAAGACGGCGCACGAUGGUGUGUGCUACGUGACUCUGAGACUUUAAAUUCUGUAUUCUACGUUUGGUCCGGCUUUAUUACUAUUUGUUCCUCUGAAUCAACAGUCGAUUGACAGCGACUGCGCUAUGUGCCUGUCAUCAAAUAUUAAUUUGUUACUGUGUGCGCGCGCAAGCCCUUUGGCCCUUUGAAACAAUUUAAAUUCAUCGGACUCGCCGUUGUUUCUUUCUAGGUUUUCGAAAGGAUUUAUUUCGAGUGCAGUGGGCCAAGUGUGGGGGACACGCGGGUGAAAGUCGAACGUGUGCCGAAAUCCCAUUAUUAUUGCGUUCACUUGUCAAUCGUCCUUCGUCAACGAAAUCUCUUCUCACUUUGGUUUAAACUCUUUGUUCGAUUAUCGAAGUAAAACGCGUCAUCUCUCCAUAAUCAAUCCUGGAUUAAAUUAUUUGAGUAAUAGUGAAUUAUUUCCCUGAGUUUUGUGGAAAAAAAAUUGUCAAAACUCUGAAGAGUGUCAGAUCAUGCCACGUGGAGUUGGCUGAACUAGUUUAAAAGUGACAAAACAAAUAGACGAAAAAAGAGUCUGUGGAUCGGAUAGAAAAUAAACAACCACGGCCUCCGGUUCCGCCUCUCGUCGAGUGGCCCAUAUUCAUUAUCACGAUAAAGUUUUCCUGGGGUUGAAUUUUCAAUAAAAAAAACGGCCAGCAGCACUCGCCAGUAACUGGAGAAUCGAAACAGUGUGACGACGAUGCCCCAGCGAUGAUGAACUGUUCGAGUGCUGUUGGUGAUCGUUAUUUCGAAAUAAUAGAUCCAUGGAUGUGUGCAAUUACCACGAUGGAGAGUUGUGCUGAUAAUCGACGAUGGACUAAUAAUAAGUUCAAGGAAAUUUAACAUUUUUUAAAUAAAAUAGUCAGCAUUUACGAUGGACGUGGAACUUGUUACAAGGACUUCUCUGAGUUCUCUUCAUAAAGUUGACGAUGGGAGGAUUGUGUCGCCGAAUAGUCUUGACGAGUGGACGUGGUCCAGUCUCAGGAAACAAUUCGAGUACAAGAAUUUGGAAAAACUCUAUACGAUUUAUCAGAGAAGGCUGCAGAAUGGAUAUCUAUCGUUGUUCGUUCUGGUUCAAUUGGUGCUUGGAAUUGCACAUUGUACUGUGUUAAUAAUGACGGUCGAGAUACAUGCAUCCCUACCAGACGUUGUAACCUGGUGCAUCAUGGGUGCCCUACUGUGUCCAGUAAUAGCCCUAUCCUUCAGGUCGAAGCUCAUAGCCAAAGAGACAUACCUACCAGUUGUCCUAUCCUGUGUCAUUGUCGUUCUGCUUGUCCUCGGGGACUUGGCAGUGCCCUUCUGGUAUACCCUCGGUACGUCCAAGGAUACAACAGCGAUAAGACCCGCAUAUGCCACUCAUGUUCUACUGGCAUGCUAUGUGUUUUUACCAUUAACCGAGAAUCUUCAUGCUUUUAUUCUGGGGAUCACUGCAACUCUGUGCUAUCUGAUGAGUCUGGCACUCAUAACUUAUAGAAAUUUACCGGAUUACACAGCAAGGAUCAUCGCUGAUGCCAUUUAUUUCGCUUGUGUCAACGGCCUUGGUCUCUACUUCCGGUUUAUGAAUGAGGUUGUUAUCAGAAGAUCGUUCUUGGAUAGGAGAAAAUGCGUUGAAUCGACACUAAGGCUUAACUAUGAGAAAGAUCAAGAAGAACAACUAACGAGGAGCAUUCUGCCUCAACACUUUGCUGCGAAGAUAAAGAAGGAUUUCAGGGAUAUUUUUAAAUUUAUUGAGGAGCAUAAAAAACCACCACCCAAGGGGCGACGUAGAAAUGACUUGUAUGUGGAGACUCACAAUAAUGUCAGCAUAUUGUAUGCCGAUGUCGUCAAUUUUUCCGGUCUAACUGUUACACUUCCAGUGAAAAAACUGGUUGAAACUUUGAACGAUUUGUUUGGAUCUUUCGAUGAAGCUUCCGAGAGGCACAAUGUCUUGAGAAUCAAGUUCCUGGGGGACUGUUACUACUGUGUCAGUGGGGUUCCAACGCCAAAUGCACAACAUGCCAAGAGCUGUGUGGAUUUAGGUCUCGACAUGAUAAAAAUAAUAAAAGAAGUGCGAGCCCGAGUGCGACGCGAGUGUGGAGUGGACAUAAACAUGAGAAUAGGAGUUCACUCUGGAAAGAUAAUAUCCGGGAUAUUGGGAGCCAACAAGUGGCAGUAUGACGUGUGGUCGAGGGACGUUGUGAUAGCGAAUAAAAUGGAGCAAACAGGUCAACCAGGUAAAGUCCACGUGACACAGCAGACCCUGAACUUGCUGGAGGCAGCUCAAUACGAUUGCGUGCCAGUUGAAACCCUCAACGACGAAACACUCAGAAAGUACAACAUAAAGAGCUACUUGAUAACACCGUCAAUACCAGGAUCACCAGUUCUGCAGGUGGGAAACGGGAGAUUGAAGUAUCUUGUUGAAUCAGUUGAUACGCAAACCUUGUUGCAGAACAGCGAGAGCAACUUGACGAUAGCAGAUCCUGUCACGCCACCAGUAUCCAACAAACACUACGUCAGGUGGUACAGUGUGAGACCGAGUACGAGUGUUGGAGCAGCUAGAAACACUAAACGACUCACUCAAACAAUGAACAAUCAUGCCGAUGUCUUUGCUGGGACAUUCAGGCGGAGAACCCACUUCAUGGACUCGUGUCUCAAGGAUUAUCACUUGAUGCUGAAGGCCGCUGAUGCAGAAAUGGAGGAUGCCAUCAAGCAAAUGCCACUAAGCAAGUGGGAACAGUGGUCCAAGUGGGAGCCGAUUAAUCCCAUUUUCCUCACGUUCUCAAGGCUCAACUGGGAGAUUCCCUUCCUAAGAGAACCCGAUCCUCUCUUCAAGUUCUUCGUAGGCUGUGCAGCACUCGUUUUAUUGUCGAUGGGGUUCAUUUUUCUGGCGCCUGCUAUCAUAAAAUCUGAUUUCUUUUGGUUUAAUUUCAGGUGGCAUCUGAGCACAACCGUUGGCUUCAUGCUAGCAAUGCUCUUCCUCAUAGCACUAUUGCCAUUAACGUGGAUGCACUUUGUGUGGAAUCGAUGUAAAGAUCCUCACGACGAGCACGAGGGGCACAUCCCCCAGCCCAGAAAUAAAUUACUCCAUUUUAUGUACCAAACUAGCAUUAAAGUCGUCUGGAGUGCGCUCUUGAGAACAACUCUUUACCUAGUGAUUACGAUAAUGCUGGCUGCUUGCGCCAUGUUCGAUAUGCUGUUUGAAUGCAAAAAUUUCGAUCGUCUGGGAAACAACAAUGCGACUUCCAGUAUAGCAGAAACUGGAGCCGCUGAUAUCGAGUGUAUUGUCUCCCCCUGGCAAAUGUCAGAGACGUGUUCCCUGGCAAUUCUCACGAGUUUUCUAUUCCUGAGAGUGCAUUUUUUCCUGAAACUCGUCAUUGGUCUCGGCAUCGUGGGCUUCUACACUUGGAGCAUUACCGAAUAUCGAUCGACUCUCUUCCAGUCUGGUGCAACAUGGAAUCCCCACCUAGAGCCAAGAAUCGCGCACAUUCUCAAUGUAGUCUUUCUUACGUUUUCCCUGCAUUUGAUCGAUCGUCAGGCUGAGUACUUGAGUCGAUUGGAUUAUCAAUGGAAACGACAGUUGACGCAGGAGCAGGAUGAGGCGUUCCAUACUAGGAAUGCUAAUAAACUCUUGUUGAGAAAUAUUCUUCCAGAGCAUGUGGCUGAUUUCUACCUGAAUAUGAAUCGCACAGAGGAGCACGAGCUGUAUCACGAGGCACACGAUAACGUGGCAGUGAUGUUCGCUUCACUGACUGAUCUGUCCAUCGACGAGAGCAAUAUAUUGAUCGAUCUCAACGAGAUCAUCUGCGAAUUCGAUAAAUUACUAUUCGAGCCCUGCUUUGUCUGUCGAAUCGAGAAGAUCAAAAUCGCGGGAACGACCUACAUGGCUGCUUGUGGCCUAGAAGCGAGACGAAGGGAUUCUCUAGAGAAUGAGGAUCAGUAUCACGACGAGCAUGUCGUCAAGGUCAUGGCGCAAUUCGCUGUCAGAAUGCUGGGAAUUCUCGACAGACUCAAUGCCGAGACUUUUCCCAAUUGUAAACCCUACAAAUUGAGAAUUGGAAUUUCACACGGUGAAGUAACAGCAGGCGUAGUAGGCGCCCAGAAGCCCCUGUACGAUAUCUGGGGUGAUGCAGUGAAUAUGGCCUCCCGAAUGGACACAACGGGAGUCCCUGGAAAAAUCCAGGUGACAACAGAGACAGCAACAGUCCUCGAGCAGGAUGGAAUAAAGUGUAAUCUUCGUGGAAAAACUUGGGUGAAGCCCAAAGGCCUCGUGACCACCUACUUUAUCGGGGUUGAUGAGAAGAGGAAACUCCAGAUGGCUGAUUCAGCCGAGGAAACGACAAAUCUUUAGAGUAAUUAAAGGACCAAUGAGCAAUUUCAAUGACCAAAGAAAUGAUCAGCAUCUCUUAUCAACAAUUAUCACGAUUAUAGAUUUAUUACUGGACUAAUGCCAAUCGUCUGAGCAUUGUGAAUGAAUAAAAUUAUUAUUUUUCUACUGAGUGACAAAUUAUUUUCCACUUGUCACUGAUUUUGUAAAUAAUUUUGUAAAUAUUCGUUUCGUCUGAAACUACUGUGACCAAAUCUAAUGGAGCAUUCAAAUAAAGUAUUUAUUACAGUAA